CGCAGGGCUCUCCUCCCAUUCCUGCCGCCACCGGAAGCUUCCAGCAGCAGGCGACGGAGACAUGGCGCCGCCCUUCAUCUACUGCCCCUCCGACGACAGCAGCAACGAUGAGAAGGCUGUCAUCAAGGCGGCCAUAGAAGGCAACCUCGGCCGCCUCAAAGGUAUUGUGAAGAGUCUUACCAAGGGAAACGGCGACAUGUCUGCGAUUUUUUCUUUCAACGUGGAUGGAGCUAAUGCGUUGCAUAUCGCGGCAUACAAGGGCCAUCUCGAGGUUUGCAAGUAUUUGGUGGAGGAGCUUGGGGGAGAUGGGAAUGCUCCUGGAUAUGGAGCUCUAGCUCUAGGUUCAAGUCCGUUCAUGAUGUCUGCUCAGUCCUGUGAUAUUCCUACCUUCAAAUAUUUUCUUGAUCGUGGUGGUGAUCUAAUGAAAGCAGAUGACAAAAGACGCACAGCUCUCCACCAUGCUGCGGGCUCAGGAAGUUGCAAGAUAACAGAGUUCAUCCUUUCCAAAGGAGUGCCAGUUGACUUGGACUGUGGCCGUGGAACCCCACUCUAUGUGGCUGCUACAAACGAGCAAGAUAAGACAGUGAAGAUUUUACUGGACCACCACGCGAAUCCUAACAUCAUUAUUAGUGGUAUUGGAUCUCCCCUGCUGAGUGCUGUUAUUUACCGUUCAUUGAAGUGUGUGAAGCUACUCCUUAAGGCUGGUGCCGAUGUUAACUGCAAGGGUUCCAUGGCUACUCCUCUGAUUUUUGCCACGAUGCAAGGAGGUUACACCAACUACAUUAAGUUGCUACUGAAGGCUGGAGCAGAUCCUAAUAUCCCCGAUGAUGUGGGUACAUUGCCUAUAGAGUAUGCUGCAUUACGUGAUUGCAUCGAAGAGGUUGAAAUGUUGUUUCCUGUGACUAGCCCAAUUCCAAAUGCCCCAGACUGGAGUAUUGAGGGAGUAAUUUCUUAUGCGAAAAUUGAAGAUGAAAAGCCAAUAGAGCAAAGGCACCUUGAAAGAAGAACUGCUUUGUUCAAGUCCCAGGCUGAUACGGCAUUCAGGCAGAAGGAGUAUAAGAUGGCAUCACACUUUUAUGGUUUGAAUGAAAGAAGAUUACAGCAUGGAGUCCAUUUAAGGGGGCAACAAGGGAACUAAUAAAAGCAACGGUUUCCUCGAUGCAUAUCUUGAUUAUAUAUAUGGUACAACAAACGGGUCACAUGUAAACACUAGGUAGUGUUCAUUCUUAUCUACUAAUAUACUGCUUGUUAAUUUGCCAUCUAUAUUGUGCAUAACAUGACAGGUGUUCUGUCACUGAUUGGGACUGAUCUUAACUGACGGAUAUUAAUAUGCAUGGCAAACGUACUUGACUUCAAUUAAGAAACUCUGACAUCAUCCACGCAUGCUAAAAAGAUGACUUAAUCAAACUUCGUUGAUGUCUUACAUCUCGAGAAUCUAUGAGAAGUUUGUUUAUCCUUGGCCAAUAUGAAUCUUUGAUAUGGUUGUCUACUUUUUGGUUAGUUUUUUGAUGUGAUGAAUGAUGAUUGAUGACUACAUGUAAAGUAAUAAAAUGGCUUCCAUAAGCCAUUCUGAUGUACUACCGGGUAGUAAAGUUGUAGAUAGUUUUCUACCUGGUUGCAUGCAUGAAAUCCCGUGAAUAAGUGUUCAUAUAGAACUUUUGUAGGCCAUCUAAAAUGGAACUUAUGUGUGUCAUCUUUGAGAAUAAUAUUUGCAUGACUUGUCAUGCUUGACCAUAGGCAAUAGCCCAUGGAAAGAGUGCAACACUGUAUGCAAACAGGAGUCUUUGUAAGCUGCUCAUGGCCGAUGGUGACGGUGCUUUGUCAGAUGCUCUCAAGUGCAGAAUGCUGAGACCUA